CAAACGACUGUCAUUUCAAUGUCAAAGUCGUUAGCAGCGUUUUGUGUCAAAACACUUUAACCGCAUUAAUUAAUUUUUGCUAUAGAUUUUACCAUGACGAAAAAGAGUGUUGGCUUCACCAUGGAAGUAAACAAUAUAAAAAUAGUAUUACAAUAAACUGAGUGACCUAAAUGAUUAUGCGUAUAAAGUUAGCACGUUUAAUUGCAUUUGUUGUUGUGUUCGCCAAUAUUAUUGUGAUUUACUACAGUUUACGUUUGUUCGUUUCCUUUGGAGGUUUUAAAUCGUAUUACACAGUCCCUACAGUUAAGACCAGUACAAAAUCACCUACGAAACAUAUUAGCAAAUUAGUAACAAUCAUCAUACGAGAAUUUGAAUCAUUUGAAAAUGAUGUAGCUGCCACUGUGCAGUCUUUCUUAAAUGUAUUUCCAAAUAUUCAGUUGAUGAUAGUGUAUGAUUCGUCUCCUUAUCCGCCCCUCGAUAUUAAUUUAAAAAAUGGCAGCUUUAGAAAUUUAAAAACUGUUAAUUUGUCACCGAGUCUAAAAGUUCCAUACAUUGAACGACAUCCAGUAUUACAAAUCAAAACAAAAUAUGUGCUUUUUGUGCCAGACUCGACUAGAAUUUCUUCCAGACAAAAUCUGCAGUAUAUGAUUGCAGAACUCUCUAAGCAACCAGAAAACAUAAUUGUAGUUCCUACUUCAAAUAAAAAGGACUUAGGAUGUCUUCGAAUUAACGUCAAUAUUCGCGAGUGGACGCUGAAAUACAGUCUGAUAAAAGGCACCGUUUGUGAUGGCGUCACAGGGAAACAUUUGAUUUUAAUGGAAACAGAAAUUUUGAAGAAAUUGUCAGAUCCAUUUAUUUUACCAUUUCCCCAUUCGUUAUAUAUACAAACGGCACCCUUGCUUAUAAAGAUAAAUAUUUUGAAAAGUCCCUCAUUUCAAGAAGGAAAACCAGUUUUAAGGUCACAUCAUGCACAAUGGAAGCAGAAACAAGUCAAUGCAAGUAGACUUAAAAAUCUGUACACACUUUUCCAAUUAAAACAAGUAGUCAGAGAAACAGGGGCCACAGAGUGGUAUGGUUGCACUAGAGAAACUCCUCGCUGCUUUGGCCCCAUAUUGGAUCUAAUGCCUUCAUAUUUAUUUGAAGGGAAAUGGACACCUCCGUGUUGUCUUUCUAAUCUCAGAAAAACAGCAAAACAUGUAUUUAAUAGUUUAGAUGAAGCUGGAAUUCGUUACUGGUUAGAAGCAGGAAGUUUACUAGGUGCUAUGAGAAGUGGAGAUAUUUUGCCAUGGGACCAUGAUGUGGAUAUAGGCUUCAAUCGUGAUGACCUUUUAAGAAGUCCAUGGCUAACCAAAGCCCAAGAUAAGCCAGUUGUUGAUUCAAAAGGCUUUUUGUGGGAAAAAGCUACAGGAGGGAACUUUUAUCGGAUUAAUUAUAGUAAGACUAAUAAGAUAUAUGUGAAUUUGUUUCCAUUUUAUUGUAAAAAUGGAACCAUGACAAAGGAUGCGUGGUACACCAGCCAUAAGAAUAUGGAGUUUCCUGACAAUUUCCUUCAUCCAAUGUCAAGUAUUGAAUUUAUAGGACGCCAGGUACCAAGUCCAAAUAAUAUUAGAGAUUUUUUGGAGUUAAAAUUUGGAAAGGGUGCUAUUGAAAAUCCUGAAUAUCCUAAUCCUAGCAGACUUCCAUUUCCUUAACUAAGUAUUUUGUGAUAAAGUAUAAAGUAGUGUACCCUGUGAUUAUUUUUAAAAGUGAUUUAUUAAUUUUUGGGUUACCCCUUUUCUAAGUUGAUUAGAAUUAACUAUAAUGUAUAUUGUAUAGGCAUGACCUACAAAAGUAUGGUAUGUAAUAUAGUGGAUAAACCGUGAAAUUUGAAAUAUUUUUUUUAGAGAUAAUUUCUUAAAACCGCACAAAUUGUUAUCUUUAAUAUUUUUCUCAUUACUGUGCUCUUAGAAAGUAAAAAGUUUGAGGUCAAUUAAAUAUAAAUGGCCGUUUUAGCCUUGAUACAUACUUUAUUCACACAACUGAAAUAUUUUAUAACAUUCAAGAAUAAACAGGAGCUAAGGAAAAAAUGUAAUGCCACUGAAAUUGAAUUUCAUAAUUACCUGAAAAAUUUCAGAGUUCUUGAAGUCAAAAUAAAAUUGGAAAUAAAAACUGAAUAAUUUUAGUUUGCAUUAAUAAAAAAAAAUUAAUUGUAUCUGCUUUAAUAUAGUUUUUGUUUUGAUUUUUUUGAAGAUCACAGUAGUGAGAAAAUAGGGAAUCACCUCCCUGUAUAUAGAAACGGUACCUAAGUCUGAGGGAGGGUUCAAAAUAACAUUAAAACUCUUGAAAAGUUAGUGGUUCAAAAACCGAUACAUUUAUUUUCAAAUAUUCGUAAAAAAAAUUGUAGUAAUAAUUACAGUGUAGAAAUUAUUUCUAACAUGCUUUAAAAAAAUGUAUAACGUUUCAGUAAACUCACUUUACUCCAUUCAAAAUAAUCUCCUGAUAAUAGUGUGCUUGUGCCCAAAGAAUAUUCUGCUGCUUAUUAUUUAGUAGAAUGUAAAAAAACAUUUUAGCAAAAGCAACACCCAAAUAAAACAGAUUGGCCUUGGUAUAGUUUGUAAUUGAAAUACAAAAAAGAAAUUAGUUGCCGAAAAUUAUGCAUAAAAAUUAUAGAAAAUAAUAGACGAUUCAGUUUUAAACAGUACAAUUUCAAAACUGGUACAAUAAAUUUUGAGGGUUUAUUAAUUUUAUUGUUGACGUGACUAAUCUAAUAAGGUAAAAUUAAUAAAAAAAUUAACACUGAUGCGUUGUGUAUCAGUAAUCAAGCAAAAAAGUCAUGUGACCUUAUAGCGGAAUAGGAAAAUUAUAAGGCUGCCAUGUGUAGUUUUCAUUGUAAAUAUUGUGGAAAAUCUAAACUCCAAUAACAUUAAUGAGUUGAACUCCAAGAGUUGUUUUUUUUUAUUUCGUCGGUAUGAGUUUGUUUACAAUUAUAGUAAACCCAGUUGACUUGUAGCGGACAAUAAUUGUCCGUGUUAAUAGGGGUGUAGCGUUUUACUAGGUACAAGUCAAAUGAGUUUACUAUACAAUUUACAACUUUCACUAGACAGCAACAGAUUACUUCGAUUGUAAGGUAAAAUUUUAAUUAAAAAGCGUUAGGUACAUUUCCCACCGAAAAUCCAACAACAAAAUUCCGUAAGCUUAAUUUAAAUAGUACCAGAUUUUCGUGUUUAAUUUUGUAUACAUUGUUCGUAGAAUAAAAAAAGAUCUGGUUUCAACUUAUUGGAAAAUAGCUAAAUGUAUGGGCGUGUAAUACCACUUCCUGAAAAUAAUUCCUAUGAAACACCCUACGCACAAAUUUUAGCAAAACUAAAAAGAUCUUCAUGUUACGUAGGCAAAACAUGGAUGUGUUUGCAAAAAACUUGUGAAAAUUCUUUG